GACAAAGCUGAUUAGGGACUUUUUUUCUUUCUUUUUUGCCCUCGAAUAUGGAUGCGAUCCUUGCAUGGAGAGGCUGCACCAACUCAUGUUACUGCAAAGGCAAUCGCGUCGAGGACGAGCUAGACGCCCUCAGGCCAAUGCGGACGACAUCGACAGCCGCGGCAAGCCACGCCCCGGUGGCCUCGAGCGGCUGCAAAAUGCUGGACGGAAUGCUGCGGUGGCUCUUUCAUAGCGUGGCCGACGCCUUUUUCGCGUCUCUUCAGCGAUGCUCUUGCAUUAAAAUCGAGACAAGAGAUGACAACGACAUUGAUAAUUAUUUGAUGGCUGCUCCUCAUGAUGAUCAUGAUCUUUCCGACGAUUCAAUAUUGUUUGAGGUGGAAAUCCAAAAGGAGACCGCAUAAGGAAUAUGAUGUGAUUAUAUAUAAGUUCUUUCGUAAUGGGAAAUCGUUUAUGUUUGUUAGGGAAA